ACAAAACCCCAGAUAUAUUGAACAGAAAAUCAGUUUUUAUGGAAAUAAUCCUUUCUUUUUCUUUUCCAUUUUCGGGCUAAAUAAACAGCACCUAAGCUCAUCCACAUCUGAUCUGUCUCCGACCUCGCUCUCUGCUCUAGAACCUGCAAUGGCUUCUUCUUGUUUCUCUGCAACCCAGCUCUGUCCUCCUCCUCCAUGGCCGCUUUCUGCAAAACCCAGUGAAGAAAACCCUAACUGGAUCCUCAAGUUGUUUCUUAACCGCACGAAUGGCGCUCUUAGCUCCGUUUCCCAUCGCAUUCACAGGCCUUCACGAGCCUCUUUUUUCUCUUCAUGUGUUGCAGUCAGAGGCGAUCAUGUCUCAGAGAAUGCACCGACUCUCCGAGAACUCUGUGAAGGUCACGUGCCGGGCCAUAUCCUGCACAGGGUGGAAGAGGUUGGAUUUACUGUGGCUACUGAUGUGCAGCGUCAAGCUUUGCCAUUUCUGCUUUCUAGGCGUGAUUGCAUACUCCACUCACAGACAGGUUCUGGGAAGACCCUAGCAUAUCUUUUAUCAGUGUUUUCAGUUGUAAACACUCAACGAUCAGCUGUGCAAGCACUUAUUGUUGUACCAACUAGGGAACUUGGCAUGCAAGUUACAAAAGUUGCUCGUUUGCUUGCUGCAAAACCUGCUGAAAUAGGAAUGGAAGCGUGCUCUGUUAUGGCUCUUCUAGAUGGAGGUAUGCUGAGAAGACACAAGAGUUGGUUGAAGGUGGAGCCCCCUACAGUAGUGGUUGCAACUUUGGGGAGUUUGUGCCAAAUGCUUGAGAAGCAAAUUCUGAAGCUAGAGUCAAUGCAUGUGCUAGUAAUCGACGAGGUUGAUUUCAUGUUCAAUUUAUCAAAGCAAGUCAAUUCUCUUCGAAAGCUUUUGACAUCAUACUCAUCAAGCAAUAAUCGACAGACUAUUUUUGCCAGUGCAUCAAUUCCCCAGCACAGACGAUUCUUACAUGACUGCAUUCAGCAGAAAUGGACCAAGGCUGAUGUUGUUCAUGUCCAUGUCAACCCUGUUGAGCCAAUGCCAUCACGCUUGCAUCAUAGAUUUGUGAUAUGUGGUAAAAAUGAAAGGCAUGAAACCUUGCUAUCCCUGUUAAAAAGUGAUGCCCCUCGAUCUGCCAUAAUUUUUGUCAAUGACCAGUCUGAGAAGUCUAAAAAGGGAGGUGAAGCUCCAACAACGACUCUUCUAAUUGAUUUCUUGAAGACUGUGUAUCCUGGAUGUACCAAUAUUCUUCUUCUGGAGGAAGACAUGAAUUUCAACUUACGAGCAGCUUCCUUAUCGGAAAUUAGACAAGGUGGAAGCUGUCUUCUUGUGGCAACAGAUUUGGCAUCCAGAGGAGUUGACCUUCCAGAGACAACCCAUGUGUUCAACUUUCAACUGCCAAAAUCUGCAGUAGAUUACCUUCAUCGAGCUGGGAGGACAGGUAGGAGACCAUUUGCAGAUGAGAAAUGUCUUGUUACUAGCAUUAUAACAUCAGAAGAGCGGUUUGUCUUACAGAGAUUUGAAAACGAAUUGAUGUUCCACUGUGUAGAGGCAUUUUUGUGAAUCCGACUUUAGUUUCAACCAUAUUUAUUUUCUAUGAUUUCAAUUACCCUUUUUCCCUA